ACAUUACCGCCAAAAUCUACUCCAGCACUUUGAAAAGAGACUGCGUAUCGGAUCGCAUCCGAACACAACUUGACGAAGUAGCUACUUUGGAAUAAUACACUCGUCGAUUUUUCAAACAUUCUUGAUUUAUCUUGACAAGUAACAUUCCAACAAUGGCUGAGACCGAAACAAUGACAGAUGAAGAGAGACAACGUGCAGAAGAAAAGCGUCAGGAGUUUAUCGCCGAGGUAGAAGAAGCGAGGACUGAAAUCAAGAAAGUGAUUGAUCAGUAUGACUCUGAGAUUAACGUCAUCCAGGAGCGAAGGGCCAGUCGUCGUGCUGAGCAAGCGAUGUGGCUGGAUAGAAUAAAAAAGAGUGAGGAAGCGCGCCGCCUACGACAAGAGGAGGAGAACCGUCGCAUCAGGGAGGCGCAGGAGAAGAAGAAACGGGAGAGAGAGGAAAGGAAACGUGCCAUGCAAAAUCCAAACAAAUUCCAGCCAGUCAUCCAGGAUGAGCGUGUUCGCUUCGCUAAGAUGACACCAGCCGAACUAAAGAAGGAGAAAGAAGAGACCCUUGCCAAACGCGUUCCUGUCCUCGACCCUGAGAGCAUGUCCUCGGAGGAAGGCAUGAAAGCCAUGGCCACCGAACUACAUGCCAAGAUCAUGAAGGCAUUCGGAUCCCUCUUCGAUCUCCAGGAGAAGGAGAAACGCCAGAAAUACGACAUCAAGGAGUUGACAUCGAGAAUCGAAUCAAUCCAGGAGGAUAAAUUGAAGGCUGCAGCCAUGGCACGCAGCUAAGAGCACUGAGAGAACGAAUAAAAACCUAACAUUUUGUUUGGGGAAAUCAGCGGUGAGGAGUGAAGCUCUGCAAAGCCCGUCAUCUGUUUGAACAAGUCAAUCAUUUUCUUCAACGCUAUAUCACAUUUUACAAAUGAAGUCGUAACUUUGAUUGUUUUGCGUUGUUUUUUUUUAAAGCAAAGACCCAAUACCAAUAUAUCUUCCUGCUUCUCUUUAUCUACUGUUUGUCGAUUAAUUUUCUAGCCUGGAACCAUCUGGAACAUCGUUCGUUUCCAUAACAUUUUCUUUCAUGCCAGAAAUUCAUGUCCAAAUCUCUGUCUUGAACAGAAUCUUUCGCCGACUCAGUAUUGUACCGAUUAAAGCAUGGAGCUUUCCAAAACAAGCAAAUGAAGGUCGCCGCACACCUUACGAUUGGUCUGCGACCCGAUUUUUUUUAAAUAAAAAGGGAGUAAAAUUUGAUGCGAAUAUUAAAGGGGGUACUCCGGGAUGAAAGUAAUUAUAUCUGAAUAAAUAGAGAAAAAAAUAUGGAGCAAAAUGC